AUUCUAUUGUAUUAUUAAUUUUUAACAUAAUUUGUCCAUUUUAACUGUAUUGGUAUUAUUUAUUAUUCUCCAACUAUAAGAUUCUUUUACACGAUCUUAUUACACUAGGCUAUGAUUAAUUCAAUUAAAUAUGUAUUCUAGACCAUAAAAUAGUUCCUUCUGCUGUAACAGUAAUUUAUGCAAAUUUUUGGGUUAUUAUUAUUUUUGAAACUGUACUAUUCAUUUGAUUUUAUGAUAAAUUUAACAACUAGAAGCCUAUCGCACAUAAAUCUGACUAACGAUUUUAAAGAUAAAAGAACAGGAAAAUUAAUUUUUUUUGUGGAAUCCUUAAACAUCUCUCGACAUCAAAAUAGUAAAAAAAGGAUUAACUCGUGUUACACAUACGUUUCAGUCCCUUCUCCCUUCAUAUCCUUAACGUAUAGAAAUGGAACCCGUUUAUUUGCUGUUCCGAAGAAGAAGCCUUCUAAACGUAGGACAAAAAUAAGGAAGACAGCCUGGAUGAAGAGAUUCCCAAAGAAUUACAAACCGCCUAUGAUGUUGGAUAUGUACGACAUAGUCAAGUAUACUUCUGGAACAUUUACCAAGUCUAGGACAAUUCACGAAAAUUGGCUAAAUUUGCCAAACACCGCACUUGACGGGAAACACGUUUUUAACAUGGAAGUCAGGCCCAGUUGGUGAGAUUCCAUUCUCACAAAAGUUUUUCCUUAAUAAAUUAAUUUU